CCAUUCGCAUCUCCAUUUUUCUUUCAGCUCACUCAUUCCAUGCUUCUACUCAUUAUGAUAAUAGGGUCUUAUUUUUACAAAAAUACUAGAUGAAUUACAGUUCAAUGAUCGGCUGCGAUCGGAAUAUUCUGCUCCAGCAAUGCCGGCGACUUAGCAUUAUUGGAGUCUCAAACUCCAAGAACUCUUCGGAAAACAACUUGGACCUCUUCUCCGAUGAGUCCGAUGUAUCCGAGAAACUGGGAAGACUCUCAAUUGAAUCAGCAAAACAGGGGGAAAAUGGACUGCAUGAUCUAUUGUCAUGGACUGAUGGCGGAAAGCAUGACUACGAUUGGCUUCUUACUCCUCCUGGAACUUCAUUGGAUGGAAAUGAACCUAAAUCCACACCUGUGGCUCCAAGAAGCAGUCCAUCAAUCAUAUCAAUCUCUGCAACCAAGGCCUCAAGAUUUUCGGCAAGUAGCCAUGCUGCAAGUCCAACACGAAGCAGUUCUGCAACUCGCCCCUCUGUCUCUAGUUCCCAGUAUAGUAUCAAUUCGAACAAAUCGAACUCCAUCCUUAAUACAAGCUCUGCAUCAGUGUCAUCUUAUAUUAGAUCUUCCACUCCUACCAGCCGCUCUUCAUCUAUGACAAGACCUUCAGCCCCUUCUGUCCGUCCAAAAGUGUCAAGAUCUUCGACUCCUUGUAAAGUCCAUCCUUCCCCCAACAUGCCUUCCAUUGAGAAACCGAGACCAUCUCAAAACUCAAGACCUUCUACUUCAAUUUCCAGCCCACAGGUCUCUGCAAACUUGAACUCUAUUGGUAGUCGAUCAACAUCAAGGCCUACAACACCUACUCGACGAAACCCAGGACCAUCUAUAUCUCCUGUAAAAGGACCUUCAGCCUCAGAAGGGCGUACUCUUGCAAGGCAGAACCUUUCUUCAGUUUCCCGUCCAAGCUCCCCCGGUCUACGAGUUUGUCCGCAACCACAGCCGAUUGUACCUCCAGAUUUUCCACUUGAAACACCACCAAACCUGCGAAAAACUUUACCAGACGGGCCCCCAUCUUCCGGUAGGUCAAGGCCUGGUGCGUCUCUUACUUUGAAAGGGAACACAAAGACUACAAGUUCUACAGCUUUGCCAAGGAGACAGUCAUCCCCCAUGGUUGUCCGGGGAAGAACCGCGGAACCCAUUGGAAGAGGUAGGAUCCGUGCAAAUGGGCAGCUAGGUGAUACAGUUGACUCUCGCAGAGAGUUAUCAACACGAAAAUCUUUGAAGACAUCAACAGAAAGCACAGGAUUUAGCCGGACUAUCUCAAAAAAAUCUUUGGAUGUGGCUAUCAAGAACAUGGAUAUGAAAAAUAGUGCCUACAUUACUCGUCCACUCGCAGGCCCAAGCCUUUUCCCUCAAAGUGUUCGAUCCGUUAACCAGAAAAACCAACCUGGUCACUCGUCAAGUACAGCAGCAUCUGUCAAUGGAAGCCUGCCUAUCGGCAAGCAUUGUGCCAUUGCCGAAGACAGGAAUCUUAUUAACAGGUCUUCCGAAAGUGGUGAUGAAGACGACAAAUAUUCAGCUAAACUAUCAAAUGUCGAUAUUUAUGAAAGCUCAUGUUAUGACACGAUUCUCCUCAAAGAGGAUUUGAAGAACACCAAUUGGCUCCACAGUAUUGAAGGCAAGUCUAACCAAGAACGAAUUUUUGAUAAUGGACUAGAACCACUACCAGAACCUUUUAGCCCUUUAUAACGUCUUUGAGGUGUUCACUUAUCUUUCAUUUCUUAUAAUUUUUCUUUUUAUAUGAAAAGGGAGAAAUAAAAUUGUUGAAUAAAAUGAGCAUAUGAUAUGAUAUUAUGGGAAAAUCUUCAUUAAAAUUCUUAUUCUCCUGAAUCUCCUCCAUACGAAAGAGUCGACUAAACAUUCUCUGCCACAAUUUGGUAGCACGAACUUUAUGUUGAUCUCUGCACUCCAUUUGUUCCAUAUUAGCCUUCGUUUGGAAAAUUUAUAAAUCAAAUAUAUGCGAUUUUUAACUA